AUGGCGAGCUCACCGACGUUGCAGUUCACGGUGCGCAGGAAGCCCGCAGUGCUGGUGGCGCCGGCGGGGCCGACGCCGCGGGAGCUAAAGCCGCUCUCGGACAUCGACGACCAGGACGGGCUCCGCUUCCACGUCCCAGUGAUCUACUUCUUCCGUCGCCACGGCGGCCAGGACGACGACCCGGCGCCAGUGCUCCGGAACGCAAUCGCCACGGCACUUGUGAACUACUACCCUCUGGCCGGCCGGCUGAGGGAGCUUGAAGGCCGCAAGCUCGCCGUUCACUGCACCGGAGAGGGCGUGCUUUUCGUCGAGGCCGACGCGGACGUUCACCUUGACCAGUUCGGUGCCUCCCUGCUGCCGCCGUUCCCGUGCCUCGACGAGCUCCUCUUCGACGUCCCCGGCUCCUCCGACAUCCUCCACGCCCCACUCAUCCACUUCUAG